UCUACUAAAUGUGGAUAUAAACCAUGUUUCCAAGUGACAUCGUCCCAUCGACAGGAUCACACAGCAACCAUGAGGUCUCUGGUCUUCGUUCUGCUCAUCGGAGCUGCUUUUGCCACGGACGACGACAAGAUCGUCGGAGGGUAUGAGUGCACGCCCUACUCCCAGCGCUAUCAGGUGUCUCUGAACUCCGGCUACCACUUCUGUGGUGGCUCCUUGGUCAACAAGGACUGGGUUGUGUCCGCUGCUCACUGCUACAAGUCCCGUGUGGAGGUGCGUCUUGGAGAGCACAACAUCAAGGUCACCGAGGGCAGCGAGCAGUUCAUCAGCUCCUCCCGUGUCAUCCGCCACCCCGACUACAGCUCCUACACCAUCGACAAUGACAUCAUGCUGAUCAAGCUGAGCGAGCCCGCCACCCUCAACCAGUACGUGCAGCCUGUGGCUCUGCCCACCAGCUGUGCCCCCGCUGGCACCAUGUGCCUUGUCUCCGGAUGGGGCAACACCAUGAGCUCCACUGCUGACAGGAACAAGCUGCAGUGCCUGAACAUCCCCAUCCUGUCUAAGACUGACUGUGAAAACGCCUACCCAGGCAUGAUCACCAACUCCAUGUUCUGCGCUGGAUUCCUGGAGGGUGGCAAGGACUCUUGCCAGGGUGACUCCGGUGGCCCCGUUGUGUGUAACAAUGAGCUGCAGGGUGUUGUGUCCUGGGGCUUUGGAUGUGCUGAGAAGGACUACCCCGGCGUUUACACCAAGGUCUGCAUCUUCACAGAGUGGCUCAAGACCACCAUGGCCAAGUACUAAGUGAUUCGAAACGAACAAGUUCAGUGAAGCAGCUCAACAUCUUUUGCUGUUUAUGUUCCAUCUUUUGUGCUGAACAUUGUGACAAAUAAAACACUUUAAAGCAAA